AUGUUAAAGUUUAUUUCAUUAAUUUUUGGAUUAUUAAUUAUAUCUUUUUUAAAUGAGUUUAUAACCUUUAUUUCUUACUUGGUAUUUCUAGGUUUAGGGUGAUUAUUUAUAUAUAACUCUAAUUUAGUCAGCAUAUCAUAUUUUAGCUGUGAUUCUCUAAGAUGGUUCAUAGUAAUUUUGACAUUUUGGAUUAUUGUUUUAAUAUUAUUAUCAAGCCACUCUUAUAAAGUGACAAACUUCUUUUAUCAAAAAUUUACUUUCGUUUUAAUACUAAUAUUACUUUUAUUAUUUUUUACUUUUACUUGUUCAGAUUUAUUAUCUUUCUACAUUUUCUUUGAAGGCUCACUAAUUCCCAUUUAUUUAUUAAUUGUAGGUUGAGGAUACCAACCUGAACGUUUACAAGCUGGGAUUUAUCUUUUGCUUUAUACCAUCUUUGCUUCUUUGCCUUUAUUGAUCUCUAUUUUCUUUGUUGGAGACUAUGUUGGAGGAUUCAGUAUAUCUUUGUUAAGCUUCGGGUGCGACGAAUCUAUGUGAGUUAGUUUUUGGUUUAUAUUUUCUAUUUUCGCUUUUUUAGUUAAAUUACCUGCUUUCUAUGUACAUUUAUGAUUACCAAAAGCUCAUGUAGAAGCUCCAGUUUCUGGAUCCAUAAUAUUAGCAGGUGUAUUGCUAAAAUUAGGAUGUUAUGGUUUAAUACGAUUUAUGAUAUUCUUUCAAGGUAAAGUGGCUUUUUUAAGUAGAGUAUUAGUUUCCCUAGGGUUAAUGGGAGGUCUAGCUGUUAGAUUUAUUUGUUUACGUCAAGUAGAUUUAAAAGCUUUAAUCGCUUAUUCUUCUGUCAGACAUAUGGGUCUGGCAUUAGGUGGAUUAGGAAGAUGAGGAUUAUGAGGAUAUAGUUCUUGUUUAUAUACAUGUGUGGCUCAUGGGCUAUGUUCAUCUGGCUUGUUCUUUUUAUCUGGAGUAAUCUAUGAACGAGAGUCUCGUAGAUGAUAUUAUAAAGGAUAUUUAGAAAUUAUGCCGAGCAUAGCUUUUGAUGAUUUAUUUUAUUGUAUUGGAAAUAUUGGAAGGUUAUGGUUUAUACGAUUUAUGAUAUUCUUUCAAGGUAAAGUGGCUUUUUUAAGUAGAGUAUUAGUUUCCCUAGGGUUAAUGGGAGGUCUAGCUGUUAGAUUUAUUUGUUUACGUCAAGUAGAUUUAAAAGCUUUAAUCGCUUAUUCUUCUGUCAGACAUAUGGGUCUGGCAUUAGGUGGAUUAGGAAGAUGAGGAUUAUGAGGAUAUAGUUCUUGUUUAUAUACAUGUGUGGCUCAUGGGCUAUGUUCAUCUGGCUUGUUCUUUUUAUCUGGAGUAAUCU